AUGGAUAUUUCGGAUGAUAUUAACUCUCUCGAGGCGAAGGCUUUGGUACGCUCACUCUUGGCUUUCCGAGACCUCGUACGUAAUUCUAAGGUUGAUAUUCAUACUGAUAAUCGAACCCUCAAGUCCGCCUUGGACAAUUUUGGCUGCAAGAAUUCAUCUGUUAACGAUUCUGUCAAGGAAAUCUUGGCGUUUAGCCGUCAGUUGAACUUGGCUAUUGAUGUCCAUUAUGUUCUUUCCCGAGACAAUAUGGCGGACGCACCUUCUCGAGCGUGUUCAGACCUUGACUGUAUGUUGUCAGAAAAGGCCUGGAAUUCAGUGGAGCGCAGAUUCGGUCCUCACUCCUUAGAUCUUAUGGCGUUAGACAGUAACUGUCGAAGGGAUCGUUCUGGUCUAAUGCUUCCUUAUUAUUCUCCUUGA